UAACUAGCUAACCCGCUAGCAUAAAUACACUGGUGUGGCACCAGCAUGUAGCAAGCGGCACUUCCACUACAACUCUCAUCACACCUUGUAUAACACGUGUUAUAAUAUUGUGACCUCCGUCUAGAAAUGUAUUGGUUUGUGUCAGUUACUAGUGUCACGUGUUUUGACGUUCGCUUAACUUUGAUUAUCCUUGUUGGCCAUUUAUUUGACGUGUUAGCUCACGUUGCAAGCUAACGUCAUGUUGGUAUCGUUAACCUAACGGUUGAUUUCCACUAACGUUAAACCUUUCCGAUUGAUCACCCUUGCGAGCUUUUCACAUUAACUUGACAUUAAUCAGUGACUUGACCAUCUGUUGUUUCUGUCACAAUCUACAACACCGGAGUGGGUCGGAGUGACUCUCCGCUGGUCAUAGCUUUGCUAUUCGCUUAGCAUUAAUGUUACACGGUGGAAUCAACAAUCGCGACAACUAACGUUAUGCAAGAACAUCGUGGUCAUUCAUUAUAUUCCAGCUGAAUUCAGCGGUUGCCCUUUAAAUUAAUGAAUUGCCCGAUGGAGCCGUAUGAAUAAAAGUUGUUUUUAACUGGACGUUUGAGAGUCGGUGAGCUUCGCCUCUCAAAUCAUUUCAACCACAUAACGUUAUUUAUGUUAAAUGUAUGUUGACACGUACGAAGCGUGGUGAAAAAAAGACGUAAGCAGCAUUUGCGUAAGUGGCUGAUUUUGCUGCUGUAAGUACAACAACUUACACGUGGCUUAUCGUGGCUUCCAUAUGGUCAUCGGUGCUCUCUGUCCGCUGUUGGCGUUUGUGCCUCAUAUUUGAGCCCCUCAAUGGCACACGACUUUGCAUUCAGGCUCAAGUGCAAGGGACACUUUUUAUUUUUGUAUAUAAAGUGAACGCAACCACCAUCGACAAUUACAGGUGUGCGUGGUCUACACUCUUUGCAGACUGGGUGACUGCCUAAAAUAGCUUCAGCAGAGUGAAAUUGAACACUGCUUGUGUGCUAGUGGAUGGGCUGUAUAUCCUGGGGAGUUGUAACACAUUAAAGCAGAACUUCAAGGAAUUAUGGACGAGACUCAGACACUUAACUUUGGACCGGAAUGGCUUCGUGCCUUGUCUGGAGGUGGUGGUGGCAGCGGAGGCGGCGGUGGUGUUGGUGGAGGAGGUGGCUGCGGGAUUGCCUCUCCGCCCCUCUCGCCCGCAUUGCCAAAGUAUAAACUUGCAGACUAUCGCUACGGGAGAGAAGAAAUGCUAGCACUUUAUGUAAAGGAUAACAAGAUCCCUAUAGACCUACACGAUAAGGAGUUCCUGCCCAUAUUGCAAGAGGAGCCCUUGCCACCUCUGGCACUCGUGUCUUUUACAGAGGAAGAACAGAGAAAUUUUUCCAUGUCUGUAAACAGUGCAGCUGUACUUCGGCUGAUGGGACGAGGGGGCGGUCCGAUAGUGGGGGCACCAAGAGGCCGAAGUACCUCAAGGGGUAGAGGCCGGGGAAGAGGAGAUGGAGGUUUUUACCAAAGAAGUUUUGACGAUGUGGAAGGUUUUGGUCGUGGAGCGAGGGAGAUGCAUCGUUCCCAAAGCUGGGAAGAAAGGGGAGAGCGGCGGUUUGAAAAGCCAGGUCGAAAAGACCCAGUGGAAGUUUCCCCAGGACAUUUUCCGAUGAAUCACGUCCGGAGCAACUUUGAGGAUGCUGUCCUAGGCCUCCCGAGGAAGCACGAUUUCACGCGCUCAGAGAGCGAGAACUGGCGUUCUUCUCAGAAUGCAGGGUGGCGGGAACUCGCGGAACAGCGUCGCCGUUUCCCGUUUGAUGCGAGAGAAGACGAGCGCGGCUACAGGAGGCCGCGGUCGGGUAGCGGCAGCUUGGAGGACGAGAGGGACAGCCUGCCAGAGUGGUGUCUGGAGGACGCAGAGGAGGAGGCGGGCACCUUCGACUCAUCAGGGGCCUUUCUCUCACUCAAGAAAUCCUCCAAGGAGCCGAUCCUGGAGGAAGGAGAGCUGGACUUCAGACCCUUGGAAGAGUGUGAAGAGGGCCUGGAGGAGGAUGACUGUCAGCCCAGGGAGACCAAAGAAAUGGUAGCGGAGGCCAGGGGAGAAUCCGAUCGAGAAGAGCCCCAGGUUGCUGCCCAGCCUCUGUCCCUGAGCCAGCCCAACAGGACAGAAGAGGCUGAGAGGCCGGCUGAACGCCAGCCCCCCCUGGAGCUCCCAUCAGAGCUUUGCAAAGUCCCCCUGCGCAUCCCCAUGUCAAACAGCAUGCUUGAUUCCCUACCCAUGAACCACAUUACAACCAGAACAGAAGUAUCUGCUCCAUCGCCCAGCAUCCAACUACCACAAAAGCCUCUAGAGAUUCCUGUGACCAUGAACAAUCCUUUGCCUUUCUCUUCAAGUGUAAUGGCACCGAUAGGCAGGCAGGUUGUGUCACAUGAUACAGAUGAAGAUGGACUGAAACACUUUGAGCGGGAGGCAGAAAAGAUGGUGGCUUACCUACAGGAUAGUGUGGUGGAUGAUGACAGACUUCCAGCAAAGACUUCAGAGAAGCCCAAACCUGCAGGCCUGUCACUCACCCACGAGGCGGCUCUCAAGUGGUUCUACAAAGACCCCCAAGGGGAGAUCCAGGGUCCAUUCAAUAACCACGAGAUGACGGAAUGGUUCCAGGCUGGUUACUUCACCAUGUCUCUCUUGGUCAAAAGAGGAUGCGACGAAGUGUUUCAAGCGCUUGGAGAGAUCAUGAAGAUAUGGGGCAGAGUACCGUUCACUCCAGGCCAUGCACCACCACCUCUACAGGGGGAUGGUGAUCAGGAGAGAUUGAAGAGGCAGCAAGAGCUCACCGCUCUCAAUCUUUACCAGUUACAGCAGCUUCAAUAUCAAUACCUCCUCAGGCAGCAGUAUGCUCAGGCUCUGGCGCAGCAGAAAGCUGCGGCUCUCAGCUCCGCACCGCUUCAACAGCAGCAGCAACACCAACAGCAGAUCAACCUGCUUCUGCAGCAGUACCAGGCUCUCAAGCUAAGAGCAUCUGAAAGCCCCCUGCCUCCUGUAACCCGGACCCUGUCGGUACCGGACUCUGGUUCCGUGUGGGAAAUGCAGAACGCGUCCUCUCAGGCUUCCUGCACACCGAACGUUCCACAAGCUGCUCCAAAUACGUGGGAUGGCAGCAGCGUGUGGGAUUUGCCGAUAGACUCCGUGGCUCAGGCGCCGACCAUCGAGCAGAUGCAACAGGUGGAGAAGUCAAAGUCUGCAAAGGUGGAGUUGGAGAGGCGUGAUGCAGAAAUGAGAGCCAAAAGGGAGGAAGAGGAAAGGAAACGCCUGGAGGAGGCCCUGAGGGCUCGACAGGAGGAGGAACGCAAACGCUUGGAAGAAGAGGAGCUGGCACGGCAAAAACAGGAGGCAGCAUUAAGACGGCAGCGAGAGCAAGAGGAGGCACAGCGCAGACAAAAAGAGGAAGAGGAGAGAAUGGCACAAGAGGACGCUCUCCGUCGAUUAGAGGAGAGACGGAGGGAAGAGGAGGAGAGAAAUAAACAGGAAGCGUUCCUUCGCAAACAGGCAGAGGAGCGCAGGAAGCAGCAGGAGGAACUUGAAGCAUUAAGGAGGCGGGAGGAGGAAAAGCGAGCGGAGGAAGAGGCGGCGGCUGCUGCUGCUGCCCAACAACAACUGGAGGAGCAGAAAAGGAAAGAGCAGGAGGUCCAAAAGCAGCAGGAGCUACAGAGGCAAAGGCAGCAGCAACAAGAGGCUCUCAGGAGACUUCAACAGCAGCAGCAGCAGCAGCAGCAACUCGCACAGAUGAAGCUGCCGUCCUCUUCGAAGUGGGGCCAGCAGUCGGUCAGCGCUGUGAACCAGACGCAGAGCGCCUUGUCACUGGCUGAGAUCCAGAAGCUGGAGGAGGAGAGAGAGCGACAGACGCGUGAGGAGCAGCGACGUCAGCAACAAGAGCUCCUGAAAGUACAGCAGCAGCAGGCCUUGCAUCUGGCUCAGCAGCCCCAGUCCAAGUUGUCUGGUUGGGGAAGUGUGGCCAAUCAGCCAGCUGCUACAAAGUCUUUGCUGGUGAUUCAAAGGGAAGAAGCCCAGCAGAUGAAACAACGGAAGGAGCAGCAGCAGCAGCAGCAGCAACAACAACAGCAGCAGCAGCAACAACAACAACAACAGCAGCAGCAACAACAGCAGCAGCAGCAGCAGCAACAACAACAACAACAACAACAGCAACUACUGCUGCUGCAGCAACAACAACAAAUACAACAACCACCACCGCCGCCCAGGCAGCAGCAGCAGCCGCAGCAGCAACCACACUCCAUCGUCCCCCAACAGACCCGCUCUCAGAACAGAACGACGUCGUCUCUGAGUAGCUCGGUGUGGGGGUCCGUGAACGCCACCGUGUGCCCUAACUGGGGGUCAGACUCCAGCAGUAUCUGGGGUGACACCCACAACGCUAACAUGGGCUUCUGGGACGAGGCGGUGAAAGAAGCGGUUCAACCUCCUCCAACAAAGAAAGGCAGCACGCAGAAGAACAACAAAGGCAACGCAAACCUCAGUAACUCUGGGAGUGGGCGGGCCAAUAAGAAAGCUGAGGAGGAGGAAAAGCUGCUAAAGCUGUUCCAAGGAGUCAAUAAGGGCAAGCAGGACACCUUCAUGCAAUGGUGCGAGCAAACCCUGCACACCCUCAACACCGCCAACAACCUGGAUGUUCCUACGUUUGCAUCCUUCCUGAAAGAGGUGGACUCUCCGUACGAGGUGCACGACUAUGUCAGGGCCUACCUGGGGGACACUCCCGACGCCAAGGACUUUGCCAACCAGUUCCUGGAACGUCGGGCCAAACAGAACGCUAACCAACCGAAAGCGGCACCGCAGAACCAACAGCAAACCCUCAAGCAGCAGCAGCAGCAGGAUUCCGUAUGGGGCGGAACAGGAUCUCCGUCACCCUACCAGUCCAACCACACCAGUGGCCACCAGCAGCAGCGCUUCGAGACGGUCACCUCUGGGAAGAAGAAAAAGAAGCAGAAGAUGGUCCGCGCGGACCCCAGCCUUCUAGGUUUCUCUGUGAAUGCGUCAUCUGAGAGAUUGAAUAUGGGAGAGAUUGAGACUUUGGAGGACUGAUAAAGGGAUUGCGGCCAAGCAACUCCACUGACUGUAUCCAAUUUGAACAGCAGCUGUUUUACCCAACCCCCCCCUCCUCCCCCCCCAAAUUCUUCCACAACGUUCACAUAUAUUUUUUGUUUCGCAAUUAUCAGACAAACUGGUAAUCUCAUUAAUUCCAAUUUGCGAACAAACUGCGAUCUCUGAGGCAGAGAGUGUUUUCUUCUUGCUCACGGACCGAAGGUCUGACGGAGGAGAAGUGGACUGCAGCAAACUGGCCAGUGGGACACCCGACCAGCCGAGAGAGCACCGCCAAAUCAACUCCAGGGUCCACCGGCGGCUCGGACCCGACUCGUGUCCUGCAACAAAUUGGUCAUAUUUGGACUCUUAUUUGUAUGGGAUAUAGAUGGAGUGUUAUGGGAAAAGGGUCCGAAAUUAACUUCUUUUUGGUGUUUUAUUUAUUGGAAGUCCCCCCCCUUCCCGACGCUGUGUUCACAUUACAACCAAAAUUGACAUCGCGUAUCGGGACUCAAGUAUUGCGCAGGUGUUUGUCGGCGUGGUCAUUGUCCCCAAACGAAACUGCCUUUUCUUUGUUGUAGGUGGAAGAGAACCAGGUGAGAUAAAAACACGUUUCACGCGUCAUUGGAGAGAAACAAAGAAAAAGGGGUGGAGCCUCGAUAUGUCGCGUGGCGCUCUUGUGUUCCACUUUAAUCCCUCCCCUCCCUCCUCCUGUUUUAUGCUGGGUGUUCAUGGAUAAUGGAGACACGGUAGAGCCCAAGGAUUCGUGCCCACUGAUGUCCUGUUUUAAGGACAUGUCAAAAGUUCCAAGUAGUUAUCUAUUUCUUGUAAAAUACUAGGCUGUUUGAAGAAUAAACUUUCAACUCUGCAUCUGUAUUAUAAUAUAUGAAAA